CCACUUCUUUAUAAAAAAAAAAAAUUAAGCUUGUAAUGCAGUAUUUAUCUUCAAGAAAUACAAAGAUGCACAAGGAGACUACACCUUGGAUGUCCAACACAGACUAUUACAAUAAUAACAAUAAUGAAUCAUCAGAAGCUGAUGUGUAUAUGUCUGAUACAUCAAAGUCGCACAGAAGUCGUAAUUCAACAACGGAUAUGUGUGUGGAAAAGAACACAGAAGGGAAGCCACCUUAUUCCUACGCGACCUUGAUUAAAUAUGCUAUUGAACGCAGUGCUGAAAAUAAGUUAACUCUCAGUCAAAUCUAUCAAUGGGUUAUCGAUCAUUACCCAUAUUACGGAUCAGCAGGUUCUGGCUGGAAGAACUCAAUUCGUCAUAACCUUUCCUUGAAUAAGAGCUUUGUUCGUGUGCCUCGUCCAGUCAAUGAGCCUGGUAAAGGUUCCUAUUGGACUGUGGAUCAAUACGCUAUUGAUACUGAACAGAGAGUCAGAACUAAUGUACGUGGUCGUUCUAACCGAUCCAGCAGCGACCCUUCUCUACAUCAUCGUUCAACGGAUGACCCUUGGUUAUUAGUCCGUAAUUACCGUGACGGUAGAUCUCAGUCAACUGAUGCAGGCGUAACUUCUUCUUCUUCUGUUGCUGCACUUCGCCGAACACCCCAAUAUAGUUACUGCAGUCAUCCUUAUACUUAUCAACAACAACAACAACAACAACAGCAGCAGCAGCAAUAUAACUAUUACGGAGCUAGACAGAAUUCUUCUGUAACUUAUAGUUUACCAAACAAUAAUUACAACAAUAACUAUUCUACCAGUACAACACCGUUUUAUUCCCAUCGUCAAUCAUGUCCGGAUUUAACUAGUACUUAUUCUGAAACAGGUAUCCUUCCGAAUUUUAAUACUGCCGGUAAUGAAGCAUGCCUAGAAUCACCUUCUUCUGCCUCUGCCGCUGCUGCUGCGGCCGCUGCUGCCGCCGCUAUGUGUGAUAGCAAGAUGAUUUAUACCACACCAUUUUAUUCCAAAGUCUUUCCCAAUGCAAAAGGCAGAUCCUCUUCUUUUUUCAAGGACCCUUCAAACACAACGACGGUAGUGGGCUUACCUUCACCCGUUCUCUCACCAAGUAACUGUUCCUCCACUUCAUCACAGCGUCUGUCGGUGGCAGAUCCACUUGCCAUGGUCACACAACACCCUUCACCCGUGACAACAAAUGUGGUAGCAAAUAACAACAACAGCAAGACAACCCCUGGAAAUAGACUGACAUCACCUUAUUAUAACAACGGUCAAGUCGGAAGAUCAUUGUCAACUCAAUCUUUGGAUGAACCAUCCUCUCCUUUACAUAUGAUGAAUCAUUCACCUCGUACAAGAUCUUCUCCUGGACCUUUCUGUAUGGAUACUUCAUCCGUAGCAUACAUUGAUAUGGUUUCACAACAUCAGCAACAACAGCAAAAUGCCUCAACCCGAUCAUCCUCUUGUUCUUCUUCUCAGGGGUCUCCACACGGAUAUUCUUCCACUACCGCUCUUGCUGCUGCUAAUGCCACUACUACUCCCACUUCUACUACUUCUACUGCCACAUCAUCAUUUCUCUCUCAAAAUGAAAGAUAUGACUAUACUUUAUAAGCACUCACAAAAAAAAAAAAAUUCUGUAUUUUGUUCCCCCACCCCACCCCAUUAGUUUGUUUCAUUAAAAAAAAAAUCACACACAAAAAACUUUUAUAUAGAUAAAGCCAAAAAAAAAAAAAAAACUAGUUUAUAUGUAUUAAAGAGUCCAGUUCACAGUGGAAUUCUUUUUCAUUGUCC